AUCACAUUGUCCCAUAUGGCUUUUCAGUCAUUUUUUUCAAAGUAUAAAACCUUACCCUCUUUCUUUUGCACCCUUGUCCAACACAAACCCAAUUACCACAUUCAUUCUUUCCCAAACCCUCAAGUCUUAGGGCCAUCAUUACCAGACCUUGUCAAUGAGAUAUCCCGUGUACUCAGUGACCAUCGAUACCCUCACCAUGAUCUAGAACUCUCUCUCAAGCCAUUUUCUCCACAAAUAUCCACUAAUUUGGUCGAACAGGUCUUGAAAAGGUGCAAGAAUCGUGGCUUCUCAGCCCAUAGAUUCUUUCUUUGGGCUAAAUCAAUUCCAGGUUUUCAGCACAAUGAUGUGAGCUUCCACAUUUUGGUGGAGAUAUUAGGAAGUUGCAAACAGUUUGCCAUACUAUGGGAUUUUCUCAUAGAAAUGAGAGACUCUCGUUCAUAUGUAAUCAACGGUGAGAUUUUCUGGCUCAUCUUCAAGGCAUAUAGCCGGGCUAAUUUACCAGAUGGUGCAAUUCGGUCUUUCAAUAGAAUGGAUGAGUUUGGAGUUAUGCCAACUGUUCAUGAUUUGGAUAAGUUGUUGUACUUUUUAUGCAAAAGGAAGCAUCUCCAGCAGGCUCAACAAUUUUUUGACAAAGCUAAGAAUCGUUUCUCUUUAUCUGCUAAAACUUACAGCAUUUUGAUAAGUGGAUGGGGUGAGAUUGGUGAUUCAGAUAAAGCCCGCGAACUGUUUGAAGCAAUGCUUGAACAAGGAUGUCUAGUGGAUUUGCUUGCGUAUAACAAUUUGUUGGGCGCUCUUUGCAAAGGUGGUUGUGUGGAUGAAGCUAAGAAUGUUUUUCACGAUAUGUUGUCAAAAAGAGUUGAGCCAGAUGCUUUUACUUAUUCAAUAUUUAUUCAUUCGUAUUGCAGUGCAAAUGAUGUGCAAUCAGCUUUCAGGGUUCUUGAUAAAAUGAGAAGGUACAACCUUUUGCCUAACGUUUUUACAUACAAUUGUAUUAUAAAACGACUAUGUAAGAAUGAACUUGUGGAAGAAGCUUAUCAAUUGUUGGAUGAAAUGAUUUCAAGAGGAGUUAAACCAGACAUUUGGAGCUAUAAUGCAAUACAAGCUUACCAUUGUGAUCAUUGUGAGGUCAAUAGGGCCCUGAGGUUAAUGUUUAGAAUGGAAAAAGAUAAAUGUCUUCCUGAUCGCCAUACAUAUAACAUGGUCCUCAAAUUGUUGAUCAGGAUAGGGAGGUUUGAUAGGGUAGCUGAAGUUUGGGAGAACAUGGUGGACAAAAAUUAUUUUCCAUCUGUCUCAACAUAUUCUGUCUUGAUUCAUGGUUUUUGUAAGAAGAAAGGAAAACUAGAGGAGGCAUGUAAGUAUUUUGAAAUGAUGAUUGAUGAAGGAAUACCACCUUAUGUUACUACUGUUGAGCUACUGAGGAAUCGACUCUUGGGUUUAGGGCUUUUAGAUCACAUUGGAAUACUGGUUGAUAAAAUGAGGCAGAGCACUUCCCAUGCAAUUCAAGAAUUGGAAAAUAUUAUGAUUGGUAAUAGAGCAACUCAUAAUACUUUGAGAUGUGAUGAGACAGAUAUAGAAAGUGACUGA